AUGGCACGCACCAAGGACACUCGCGCCUCGCUCCCCACUCGCCGCGGCCUCAAGGGGUCCAAGGCUGCAACCAAAGAGGCCGGCCCGGAACACAAGGAGGUCAAGGUGGGCGGCCCCAAGAACGGCGAAACCCGCCUUGUGCCGACCAGCAAGGUAUCCCGCUUCUACCCUGGCGAGGAUGUCCGCACCAAGCGCAAGUCGGCCCGGGUUGCUGCUCCCACCAAGCUCCGUGACUCGAUCACCCCUGGCACCGUCUUGAUCUUGCUUGCCGGAAGGUUCAGGGGCAAGCGAGUUGUCUUCUUGAAGCAGCUCGACAGCGGCCUCUUGCUCGUCACCGGUCCCUACAAGGUCAACGGUGUCCCAUUGAGGAGGGUUAACCAGGCCUACGUUAUUGCUACCUCGACAAAGAUCGACUUGUCUAGCGUUUCGAUUGACGAAAAGAUCAACGACAAGUACUUCUCCAGGCCUGCGUCGACCACUUCCGGGGACAAGGAGUCUGAAUUCUUCUCCGAGGGCAAGCCCAAGCCCAAGGAGGCCUACCCCGAGGCCAAGGCCUCGGACCAAAAGACCAUCGACCAGGCGUUGUUGGCAGAGAUCAAGAAGACUGAAAACUUGUCCAAAUACUUGAAGGCGAGCUUUGGACUUUCCAAGGGACAGAUGACAUUUAUCCCCUUUUGGCAGAACCCGACCGCUUCAAGAACGACCACGGCAACUUCGAAUGCGAGCGAAGGCGGCAAUGGAGCUUCGCCAAGGUCAUGGGACGGGCGGAUCGUACGUAUUAAAAGCCCACCAGAGUGGGCAUGUAUUCCCGGAGCAACCAUUCCACAUGGGAUGAUUAAGGCCGGACUAGAUACCGAUUCUCCAGACAGGCACGCAGGAUACGAUCGCAAUAUCUCCUACAACGCAACCGGUUUCAGCCAAUUGCACGACACGGGAACCGGCGGAGUGCGUCCCCGUCCUCAUCUUCCCCCUUCUACUUCCCUCAUAUAUAGUAACACCAUUCCUCUUCACAGGGAUAUCCUCUCAAACUUCAAAAUCUGGCCAUUCGUAUCCUGCAAACGAUUCGGAGAAUGCCCAACCUCGAUCGCGGGUCGAAAACUCAAGCGCCAAGCACUCAAAGACGGAUCGCUCCCAGACAUAGCCGAGCCAGGAUACUUUGCGACCACACUCGUCUCGGGCGUUCACGUCGAGCUAACAGCAACGAGGCGAGCCGCCUUGCAUCGAUAUACAUUCCCAAAGAACUCGAAGCAGCCAAGAAUUCUGGUUGAUAUCACAAACGACGGUCAACAGUCUGCCACGAAUCCUUUUACGGUGAUCGAUCCGAGUACUGGACGAACCAAGGGCGGGGCUUCUUUUGCGGCUUCUUUUGGCGCGGGACGAUAUAAUGCUUAUGUAUGCGUCGAUGUCAAGGGGGACGGGUUCGAUACAAAUGUUACCGAGUAUGGUGUAUGGCAGGGAAACUCGGCCGUACAACAUAGUGUGCAAUUAUCUCAACUAUACCUAGGUGCGACAAACGAAGCAGGUUCACUAGUCACAUACACAUCUUCAACAGGCACAAACACUACCCUUCUCGUUCGCGUAGGAGUAUCAUUCAUCUCGGCAGAGAAAGCCUGCGCUAGCGCCGAGGAAGAGAUCCCGGAUUUCGAUUUCGCACGCAUACGUAGCGAGAGUCGGGCCAAGUGGAAUGACCUACUCGGACGGAUUUAUCGAACGGCUAUUGUUCCUGCUAAUUACACAGGUGAUAAUCCCCAUUGGAACUCGAGUUCUCCGUAUUUUGAUUCAUAUUAUUGCAAUUGGGAUUCUUACCGCACUUUGUACCCUUGGUAUGCAAUGACGGACCCCCGAACAUUUGCUCAGAUCGUAGAAGCGCAGAUCGAUAUCUGGAGAAACGAAGGCAAGCUUAGCCCUUUUCUUGAUUUAACCCGAUCUAAAUCCGCCCUCAGGAUGGCUACCCGAGUGCCGGGGUGCAACCACGCAGACCCCAUCCUAGCAGAAUACUAUGUCAAAUGGGGAAGCCACUCGUCCGAACUCGGAGUAUCCAAUGACGACCUGUAUUCAGCUCUGGUCACCAACGCCGAAAAGCAGCCUGACAAUUGGAACCUCCAAGGUCGUCAGACAGAGGUGUGGAAGAAAUACGGCUAUGUUCCCGCCGAUAUCUGGGAGCCUUCUGGGGCAAACACCAAACAGGCCUCUCGAAGUGUCGAGGUAAAUUAUACUUAUAUCACUCAAGUUCGUGACAUAUCGAGUAACUCAACCAAGUACGCGUUCGGAGACUUUUGCAUCUCCCAAGUCGCCAAGGGCCUAAAUAAAACAGAGGACCACGAAAAGUACGCAAAACGCGCCUCUAAUUUUCUAAACAGCUGGGACGACACGGUCUCCAUCGAUGGGCACACCGGAUUUAUUCAAAACAGGUUCCAAAAUGGCACCUUUAAUUUCACGGACCCGAGGCAUUGUUCAAUCCACGACCCACUCGAGUCGACGUGUUAUUUGAACGCGAUUAAUACGGAUGGGUUCUAUGAGUCUUCGCCUAUUGUAUAUUCUCAGUAUGUCCCACACGAUACUGCCAAACUCAUCGAGCUCCAAGGUGGGAAAGACAAGUUUGUAAAGCGGCUAGAUUGGAUCUUUGAAAAAGGAUACUUUGAUGUCUCCAACGAGCCAUCUCAACAAAUGCCAUUCAUGUAUCACUACGCCGACCAACCGCACAAAUCGACCAAACGCAGCCGAGAGGUGAUUUCCAAGUUUUACAAUCUACGGAUACAGGCAUUCCAGGCAACGAUGACUCUGAUGAUGUGGUAUUCAGGCGCAAUGGCAAGCUACGCAGCAUUCUACCUCAUCGGGCUCUACCCGCUUCCCGCAACCCGCCAAAUCUUACUCUCUUCGCCCUGGUUCCCGUCAGUCAACAUCACCAACGCGUUCACCAACACAACCACCACCAUCAACGCGAUCAACUUUAAUGGGAACGGGAACAGCUCGGGUGACCGGGUGUACGUUCGGAAUGUGACGGUCAACGGCCAGAUCUGGAAAUCGAGGUGUUGGUUGGACUGGGACGUGUUUGAAAAGGGCGGGGUGGUGGAUUUGGUGCUUGGCGAGUACGAGGACGGUAGCGAAGAAGAGGACGGCGGGAUGCGGAGAUUUGCCUGCUUCGUUGUCGACUGGAGGUCGGGAAAACUAGACCCGCGCAACAUAUCCCAAUAG